AUGGAGGAUGAAGAGCGCCCGAAGAAAUUGCCCAAGCUGGGCCAUGAUGACCAGACGACCGAAGAGCAAUUGGGCCCCGCCAUGACCGGAGCGGUGGCCCCAACCGACGAGGCCGACGAUGCGAAGGAUACCACCACCGAACCCCCGCCAAUGUCCAAAAACCAGUUGAAGAAGCUCCGCAGAAGAGAGAAAUGGGAUAGUCAGCGUGAAGAGCGCAAGGACAAACGAAAACAACAGCAGGUCAAUAAACGCGAGCGGCGCCGCCAAAUGAUUGAGGAAGCACGACAGAAAGGCGACGAGGAAGCGGUGGCCGAGCUGCGGAAGAGCUGGGAGCGCACAAAAUCGAAGCAUCGGCGCUCCACACUGCUUCCGAUCACCUUUGUAAUGGACUGUGGCUACGAUGAGCUGAUGAGAGACAAAGAGCGCAUCUCGCUGGCGUCUCAGUUGACUCGCUCAUACUCCGACAACGCGGCCGCACCAUUCCGGGCACACUUGGCCUUCAGCUCGUACAACAAACUCCUCAAGGAGCGCUUUGAAACCGUACUCCCGGGACACAAGAACUGGAAGGAGAUCCAGCGUCUACCCGAGGACUUUGUCCAUGCCGCCGAGGCAGCCAAGGAACGGAUGCUCCCGCCACAUGGGGGACAACUCGUUGGACCGUUUGCCGACAAACAAGAUGCGAGACCCGAGGAUGGAGAGAUUAUCUAUCUCAGCAGCGACAGCCCGGAUACCUUGACGGAGCUGAAGCCCUACAGUACCUAUAUUAUCGGCGGGCUGGUGGAUAAAAACCGGCACAAGGGUAUCUGCUACAAGGCGGCCACGGAGAAGGGGAUCAAAACGGCCAAGCUGCCCAUUGGGGAGUAUAUCCAGAUGACGAGUCGCUCGGUCCUGGCCACGAAUCAUGUGGUGGAGAUCAUGCUUCGGUGGCUUGAGGUCAGGGACUGGGGGGAGGCAUUCAUGCACGUCUUGCCAGCACGGAAACAGGGAAAGCUGAGGCAGAAGAAGGAGAGUGGGGAUGAUGUGGAUGAAGAUAAGCAGCAGGAGGCUGACGAUGCAGGAAGUGACAGUGAUGGGGUGGAAGCAGAAGAAGCAGAACAAACAGGCGAUCUAUAG